ACUUGGGGGAAACAGAAUGGCUGCCGCACAGUGUAGCCCAUAUAUUGUGAAUUCCAAGGGACAGAGAAAAAGGACAAUAUUGAUAAUGAAAAUGGACAUGAAGGAUGCUGAUAUGACUCUAUGGACAGAAGCUGAAUUUGAAGACAAGUGUACCUACAUUGUAAAUGAUCAUCCCACAGAACCCAGUUCUGCAGAAGGUUGCACCAUAACUCAGGCCGAAUCAUCUUUGCCAAGGAACUUGAUUUUCAAAUAUGCAGGAAAUUGCAAAGAGGUUAUUGGAGUUAUUAGCAAAGAUAUUAUCCCCAAAGGAACACGCUUUGGACCAUUGGUUGGUGAGAUCUAUACCAGUGACACCGUUCCUAAGGAUGCAAAUAGAAAAUAUUUCUGGAGGAUCUAUUCUGAUGGUGAAUUUCUCCAUUUCAUUGAUGGAUUUAAUGAAGAAAAAAGCAAUUGGAUGCGUUAUGUGAAUCCAGCCCACUCUGUUCAGGAGCAGAACUUGGCUGCAUGUCAGAAUGGCAUGAACAUCUACUUCUACACCAUCAAGCCUAUUCCUCCUGGCCAAGAGUUGCUUGUAUGGUAUUGUCAGGACUUUGCAGAUAGAUUGCAUUAUCCUUCCACUGGAGACUUGGUGAUGUUGAAUACACAAAGCCACCACAGGCCAAAGCAACAAACCUGUGACAAAGACGAGCUUUUUCAGAAAAAUCUUCCUCGAAGAGAACAUAGCAUGAAGGAAAUCCUAAAAACUGACUCCAAUUAUCCUAGAGGAAGGGAUUUGUGCUACAGUCAUGUUGCUCCACAUACUCAAGAAAAAGACUUGGAGAUCUUAAGGAAAAAUUGUAGUCCUGAAAGGAGGCCUUUCUACCCUCGAGCUGUCUACCCCAUCCGACCUCACAUUCCAGAAGAUUACCUGAAGGUUUCCCUAGCUUAUGGGAUUGAUAGACCUAGUUACCUUGCUCACUCACCUGUCCAGCCAUCUACUACCCCAAGUCCUUCAGCAAGAAGUAGCCCAGACCAAAGUUUAAAAAGUUCAAGCCCUCACGGCAGUCCAGGACUUACAGUUUCACCCUUAGCUUCUGUGACUCAAGAGCACAGGGAGCCUUAUCCUUACUUGAAUGGACUGUAUAACACAGAAGGAUUAGCGUCAUAUUCCGGAUAUGCCCCCUCAAGCCAUCUUUCACAAGCCUUUCCCUACCCCAAAUUCCUAUUACCGUCAUACGGCAUGAGCAUCAACAAUUUCAAUCUCUUUCCAAGGAUGUAUCCUUUUUAUAGCAGCUUUUUCAGCGGGGGAAGCAUUUCUCCUCAUAUCCUGAACUCAUCUACCCUUCCGAGUUCCUUGCCAUCCGACGGGAGUCGUCAGUUCUUACAGCCGGAUCAUCCAAGGGACCUUCUGAUUCCUGCACACAACAGUGCUUUCUCCAUCACAGGAGCUGCUGCCAGCAUGAAAGACAAGCCAUGUAGCCCCACAAGUGGGUCGCCCACUGCAGGCACUGCAGCCACUUCUGAACACAUCAUGCAACCAAAACCUACCUCGGCCAUAUUGGCUGCCACUAGCAGCGAAGAAGCCAUCAAUCUCAUCAAGAGCAAGCGAAAUAUGACUGGUUACAAAACCCUUCCCUACCCGCUGAAAAAACAGAAUGGCAAAAUUAAGUAUGAAUGCAAUGUCUGCUCCAAAACCUUUGGCCAGCUCUCCAAUCUGAAGGUUCAUCUUCGAGUACAUAGUGGAGAAAGACCAUUCAAAUGUACUACUUGCAAUAAAGGAUUCACUCAGUUGGCUCACCUCCAGAAGCACUAUCUGGUACACACAGGAGAGAAGCCUCAUGAGUGUCAGGUCUGUCAUAAACGAUUCAGUAGCACAAGCAACCUGAAGACCCAUCUGCGGCUGCACUCAGGAGAAAAACCUUAUCAGUGUAAGCUGUGCACUGCUAAAUUCACCCAGUUUGUACACCUAAAGUUGCACAAACGACUCCACACCAGAGAGCGCCCACACAAGUGUAUCCACUGCCACAAGAGUUACAUCCACCUUUGUAGCCUCAAGGUCCACCUGAAGGGAAACUGCCCUGUAAUCCCUGCUCCCAACCUUUCUACAGAGGACCUCAACCGGAUCAAUGAAGAGAUUGAGAAAUUUGACAUUAGUGACAAUGCGGACAGGCUGGAUGAUGUCGAGGACAGUGUUGAUGUAGCAUCGGUGAUAGGGAAAGAAAUACUCACUGUGCUUAGAAGUGAGAUAGAAGGAGCUACGCUGAAAGCAUCAUUGCAGAGGAACCUGGUCUCCUCUGGGUGUAACCUUUAUGAAGCCUCAGAUGUAUCGGUUGUGAAGUUGCCUCAUGCUCAUCCACUACCUCAGGUACCUAUCAAGGUCAAGCAAGAGACAGACGAACCAAUGGACCCUUAAGUGCUGUAGGAUGUACGUGUGUAUUGUGUGUGAGGAUACAUGUGUGUGGUUUAGUAUGUGUGGCAAAGGAGUGAUUUUU